UUGUAUUGAUUAUUUUCGUAUUAUACAAGGUUGUUUUUGAAUUAAAAACAAUUUCACUAGAAAAUUAAAAUGUAUAAUUGUUAAUAAGUGAAUAAUUUACUUAAUUGUUAUGUGUUGUAAAUGAAAAUUGUGUUAGAAAAAUAUUGACACAACCACUUCAUAACCUUUUUAUUGUUGUUAUUAACAUAAUAAAUAAUGCCGGAUUCAGUGCAAACGAUUUUAAAAGAUAUAUUAUACUGCGAUGGAGUAAAGGAAGCGUUCAGUUUAUUUAUAGUUCACAGACAAGAACUGGAUGAUAAGGAGAAUUAUAAAUUUAUAGCAGCCUUAGCAGAGGCUUUUAAAGUGUUACCUCCAGAACAAGUUGAAAUUACCAUAAAGCAGUUUCUAUUUACUGCUCAAAAGGAGUCUCAAACGAUGUUAGAACGUUUGCUGCGUAUGUUAGAGGGUGUUGUUGAAUUACAAGCUCUAUCACCAAGGCAAGUUUGUGAAGUCACAAUUGCAUUUGAGGGAUUACAUUUCAAUAAUCCACAUUUUUGGAUUGGUUGUUUUAAAAUGAUCAAAAGGAUGAUUGACCAGGUGGAAUAUAAAGGUGUUCGGGAAAUUAUGAAGGGUUGUUGUGAAAAAGCAAAGAUACUGCCAGAAAAGCUUAAUAGUAGCUUAGAACCCUUGUUAAAAGUUUUGAUGGAAGUAAUUGAAAAGAUAAUGGAUCGUAAUGCAUGCCUAAUUCCAGGAUAUCUGUUGGUAAAUGAAAUACAAAAAGGAUAUCCUGUAUGUCCUCAUUGGCGUUUAGCUGGACUGUUUAAUGAUUAUGUUGAUAGUUUUCGUGCUUGUGCACAAAUGGUUUCAAUCAUUGGACAGUCUGAAAUGAGGCCAGUUGUUGAACAUAGUGGCUGUCCAGAGCAUGUCGUUAAUCAAUGGAAGAUUGAUUCAUGUAAUUUAAGGUUUAGUUUAAAAGGAACUCUACCUUAUGAACCAUCUUUAUUAGAAAAACAGACUGGAUUGCUGAGAUAUGUAUUGGAACAGCCCUACAGUAGAGACAUGGUGUGUGGAAUGUUGGGGCUUCAGAAACAGCAUAAAAUAAUCUGUGUUGCCCUUGAGGAACAGCUUGUUGAACUAGUUAUUUUAGCUUUGGAGAGAACAGAAACUGAGGAUGAAUCAGCUACACAGAGUUUAUGGCUUCAUUUAUCAUCCAAAUUGAUUUACUUUGUGUUAUUCCAGUUUGCUAGUUUUCCGAAAAUUAUUAUGACGUUGCACUCGAGAUUACAAGGUCGAGAUUUCCGUAAAGGGAGAGAUCAGUUGGCCUGGAUGUUACUUCAAUUUAUAUCUGGUUCCAUUCAGAGAAAUCCCUUGUCAAAUUUUUUGCCUGCUUUAAAAUUAUAUGAAUUGUUGUUUCCUGAAAGUGAAGGUCCUUUGCCAGUACCAGACUUAAAUCAACCCCAAUGCACGCGUCAAAUGGCAAUGAUAUGCAUUUGGCUUCAUUUAACAAAGAAGGCUCAACAGGAACAGAACACAGUACACAUGUCAUGGACAGUGCCACCCAAGCUUCGAUUACAUCACGAAUUUCUACAGCACCUCGUCUCACCAAAUAAUACUACUUUGGUCAUGGGCAACGAUUAUAGAAUAGCUCUUCUCUGCAACGCUUAUUCGACGAAUCAAGAUUAUUUUAGUAAACCAAUGGCUGCUUUAGUGGAAACAAUUCAAGGUAGCCCCAAAUCAGCUACUCCACCUACAGCUCCUUUAAGUAUGACAGUUCUGGACUCCUUAACUGUGCAUUCAAAGAUGAGUUUAAUUCAUAGUAUUGUUACAUAUGUUAUAAAAAUGGCUCAAACCAAGUCUGGUAUGCCUUUGGCUCCAGCCCUAGUGGAAACCUACAGUAGACUAUUGGUGUACACUGAAAUUGAAGCUCUGGGUAUAAAAGGUUUCAUUAGUCAACUGUUGCCACAAGUUUACAAGUCACAUGCAUGGGGUACUUUGUAUACUCUUUUAGAAAUGUUCAGUUAUCGUAUGCACCACAUUCACCCACAUUAUAGAGUCCAGUUACUCAGUCAUUUACAUUCAUUAGCUGCAGUGCCACAAGCUAAUCAAACUCAGUUACACUUAUGUGUGGAGUCCACAGCACUGAGGCUCAUUACAGGACUGGGUAGCGGCGAAGUCCAACCGGAACUUACUAGAUUUUUGACCGAUCCCAAGACUCUCGUGUCUGCCGAAUCUGAGGAGCUCAAUCGUACUCUUGUGAUGACUUUAGCCCGCGCCACUCACGUAACCAGCGCAGACGGGUCCUGGUGUCACGAACUACUGUCGACGAUUACCCAGUUGACACCACACACAUGGGCUCCACACACUCUAGAAUACUUCCCCAGGGCGCUGGCUGAGUUUUUCGCCCAACACGACGUUCCGAAGGAAGACAAGCUGCAGUUGAAAAAGGCGGUCGAAGAGGAGAACCGUAAGUGGUCGUCGAUGAACAACGAGAAUGACAUCAUGGCUCACUUUGGUGGUGCAGGCGCACCACCACUGUUUUUGUGUUUGUUAUGGAAGAUGCUCCUUGAAACAAACCACAUUAGCCCAAUUGCUUACAAGAUAUUGGAACGGAUUGGUGCUAGGGCACUCUCAGCACAUCUGCGUAAAUUUUGUGACAAUCUGGUAUACGAAUUUAGCAAUUCCCCAGGUGGUUUGCACGUGAACAAGUGCGUUGAUACAAUAAACGACAUGAUAUGGAAAUACAAUAUUUUAACAAUUGACCGUUUAGUAUUAUGCCUCGCUCUUAGGACACAGGAGGGAAGUGAGGCACAAGUGUGCGCCUUUAUUAUUCAAUUGCUUUUGUUGAAACCGCCCGAAUUCCGUAACAGGAUACAGGAGUUUGUUAAAGACAACUCUCCGGAUCACUGGAAUCAAAUGAAUUGGCAUGAGAAACAUUUGGAGUUUCAUAGGAGGUUCCCCGAAAAUAUUGCACCUGAAGAACAGUCAAAUGUAUACCAUCCCUACUUUGGUAAUGUGUGUUUGAGGUUUUUGCCUGUUUUCGACAUCGUCAUACACAGAUUCAUAGAAAUUGUUCAGGUGCAAAAAAGUCUUGAGAUUUUACUUGAACAUCUGGGAUGUUUGUACAAAUUUCAUGAUCGCCCAGUGACUUAUUUAUACAACACGUUCCAUUAUUAUGAAAAAAAUUUAAGUGAAAGACCUACGUUAAAACGACGUUUGGUCGGCGCUGUGUUAGGUAAUAUAAAAGAAACUACGUUGUCGCCACAGUAUCAAGCAUUUUUAUUGAGACCACUUGAGGAACUAUGGAUUCCUGAACUGGAUUAUUAUUCACAACAAGUAAAGAAGGUUGUAGAAGUUCUAAAGGGCACAACGGAACAUUCUAUGACCGAUUGGAGAUUUAACGAAUUUCCCAACGCGGGGGCCCAUAUUCUAUAUUCAACUUGUGUGGAAUUAAUGGCACUUUCAUCCGGACCCACAGCAGUAGCAACUGGUCUAUUAGAAGUCGUCAUCAAAGGAUUCGUUUCAAUACCUUCUGGAGAAAUACACCAAUGGAUCAAUGCAAUUGGAUUGAUCAUUUCGGCAUUACCAAAGAGUUUCUUUAAUGUACUGCAUGAUAAACUGGUGGCAACAAUAUCAAAAAUGAACACGUGGCCAUUUGAUUGUUCAUUAUUUAAACUGUUCAAUUUUCAAACAUGCCACUAUGGAUUGUUAUCUAGUGAAUACACUUACAUGCUUGCAUUGGCUCAUUCGAUUUGGCAUCACGCUGGACCUGGACAAAUCGCAAGUGUCCCAAGGUGGAUAAACGAACACUUACCACCAGUCGUACGAACAGAAGAACAAUUUCUUUUUGUGUGUCACCUUGUUGGGCCAUUUCUUCAAAGAUUUAAUAAUCAUAUAAUCAUAAAUCUGACUAGUUCAUUGUAUGAUCUACUCGCCCAAGUUGAUCAGUCAAUACAAGAAUACAAAUACAUAGACGCAAUAUGCGACUUAUUGUAUCAUAUUAAGUAUAUGUUUGUAGGAGACGCUAUGAAACAAGAUUUGGAGAAAGUUAUUAGAGGAUUAAGGCCUCAACUGCAGAAAAGGUUAAGGUUUAUUGCACACGUAAAUGUAGAUGAAUCUGCCGCCAAUACUGGUGGACCGGUGCCAGUGGGAAACCCGUCAUAAUAAAAGUUAAAAGUA